CAGCUACAAAUAGCUCAUCAUUUUAAGUGCUUAGCAGCUUCCCAAAAGACAUUGGCACAAAAUGUCUGGAAAGUUAAUAACAGUUGACGAUUUUGAGAAACAUGCAAAAUAUUAUCUUAAGAAGUCAGUAUAUGAUUAUUACAGAUCAGGAGCAGAUGAUCAGCAAACACUGGCAGACAAUAUCACAGCAUUUUCAAGAUACAGGUUGUAUCCUCGUGUUCUAAGAGAUGUUUCAAUCACAGAUCUCUCAACAACUAUACUUGGACAGAAAGUCAGCAUGCCUAUAUGUGUAGCAGCCACUGCAAUGCAGAGGAUGGCUCACCCUGAAGGGGAAACUGCCACUGUCAGAGCUUGCAAAGCUGUUGGGACUGGGAUGAUGUUGAGUUCUUGGGCUACCUCCUCCAUUGAAGAAGUGGCAGAAUCUGCUCCGGACAGCGUACGAUGGAUGCAGCUGUAUAUCUAUAAAGAUCGCAACCUGACAAAGUCACUGGUACAGCGGGCAGAAAGACUGGGAUAUAAAGGGAUCUUCGUAACGGUAGACACACCUUACCUGGGGAGAAGACAGGAUGAUGUGCGCAACAAGUUUCAACUUCCUGCACAUCUCAGGAUGAAAAACUUUGACACUGAAGAGCUGGCCUUUUCAUCGAAACAAGGCUACGGAGAAAACAGUGGUCUAGCUGUCUAUGUAUCACAGGCUAUUGACGCCUCUAUCAAAUGGGAUGACAUAGAGUGGCUUAAAGGACUUACUUAUCUUCCUAUUGUAGCUAAAGGCAUAUUAAGAGCUGAUGAUGCUAAGGAAGCUGUUAAACGUGGAGUAAGUGGCAUCCUGGUGUCCAAUCAUGGUGCACGCCAGUUAGAUGGUGUCCCAGCUACAAUUGACGUAUUGCAAGAAAUUGUGGCAGCAGUAGAGGGUAAAGUAGAAGUCUAUUUAGAUGGCGGAGUGAGGAAAGGAACAGAUGUCCUGAAGGCUUUAGCCCUGGGAGCCAGUGCAGUUUUUAUUGGACGCCCUAUAUUAUGGGGCUUGGCCUAUCAGGGAGAAGAUGGUGUGAGAGAAGUUCUUAAUCUUUUAAAAGAAGAGUUCAAACUGGCAAUGGCUCUUUCAGGUUGCUGCUCUGUGAAUGAGAUUGACAGGUCACUUGUACGAGAAAACCGUAUUUGUUCUAAAAUAUAGCUGUCUGAGCAGAAAG